AUGUCGUCGGGACGCAGACUGGAGGGCAAAAUCGUAAUUAUAACAGGCGGAGCCAGCGGGAUUGGCGCCGAAGCCGCGAGGCUGUUCACGGAAAACGGCGCUCGAGUGGUCAUUGCGGACGUGCAAGAUGAAAUCGGCCAAAAUGUCGCCGUUUCGAUUGGGGAAGACAAAGUCAGCUACUACCACUGCGAUGUUAGAGACGAGACAGAAGUUGAAAACGCCGUUAAGUUAACCGUCGAGAAACACGGCAGGAUCGACGUUCUGUUCAGCAACGCCGGCGUUUUAGAGAAGCAGCAAGGUAGCAUCCUCGACCUGGACCUCCACGACUUCGACAGAGUCAUGGCCGUCAACCUCCGUGGCGCGGCGGCGUUUAUUAAACACGUGGCGCGCUCCAUGGUGGAGAGUGGGACACGUGGCUCAAUCGUGUGCACCACGAGCGUCGCGGCGAAGAUCGCGGGGACGGGGACGACGACGCCGCACGGUUACACAGCGUCGAAGCACGCGCUCUUGGGUCUGAUCAAAUCGGCCGCCGGUGAAUUGGGGAAACACGGGAUCAGAGUCAACGGUGUGGCGCCGUUUGGGAUCGCGACGCCGAUGGUGUGCGACGGUUUCAGGAUGGAGGCGGGUAAGAUAGAGCAGUUCUUCAGCUCGCAAGCGAAUCUGAAGGGCAUUGUGCUCAAGGCUCGACACGUGGCGGAAGCUGCUCUGUUUCUCGCCUCUGAUGACUCUGCUUACGUUAGUGGUCACAACCUCGCCGUUGAUGGUGGUUACACCGUCGUCAAGCCUUAA